AUAUCCAAACAUUCGCAUUGACGCAUCUAAACAAAACCCAUCAUCCUGUUCAUACAACUUCACUUGCGUCACUAUUCAGAUCACUCCAUACACAAAACCCAUCCAUCAAGCAGAUUCAACAGCGGCGCAAUUCCCCCAAUUCAUCUCAAAUCCUUCGUCGGUUUUGAUUUCGAUUCCUCUCAGACCCAUCAUCAACUUUGAUUCUUCUUAAACCCUUCAUCAGUUUCGAUUUCGACCCCUUUCAAACCCUUCAUCGACUUCGAUUCUUUUCAAACCCUUCAUCAAUUUCGAUUCAUCUAAAACCCUCCAUCGACUUUGAUUCCUCUGAAACCAUUCUUCAACUGCGAUACUUGUAAAACCUGAUCGGCUCAUCAAUGUUGAUUUCAAUUAUUCCUUUCAUGCCUUAGCCAAUUCUAUCAAACCCUAUUGAGACAUCACCCAAUCAUAUGAUUCUCAAACUGUUGAGGCAUCAAACCAGACUCUGAUUCAACUUUCAUAAAACCUAUCUCAAAAUCACAUGGCUCAUCUCUUUAUUCAUCAGUUCUCUUCCGCAUUAGUUUAGUAAAUAUUUGUCAUCUUCUGCAAUAUGUAAAUGAGGGUGGAAGCCUUGUCAUUUAGUUGCAGGUUUCUCCAUGUUGGACUUGGAGAUACUUAUGCAAUUGUUGGGUCAUCUAACAAAAUUGAGAUGAUGGAUCACUAUCAUGAACUCUUGAGAUCUAAAUCAAGUCAUCUGCAAAGAAUGUUGCUUCUUAUCUCCUCGUGGCAUCUAACUCUUGAGAUCUAAAUCAAGUCAUCUGCAAAGAAUGUUGAUUCUUGUUUAACAAAGAAUGUUGCUGCUGGCAUGUUUUCUGGGACACAAGAGAAGUGUGCUACAUGUGGAAAAACUGCAUAUCCAUUGGAGAAGGUUAUAUCAGAUAUUUCUCAUGACGAACAGGAAUUUUUUAUGGUGGGCACUAUUUCUGUACCGCUGUAUAAAAAGAAAAAGAAUACUGCACUUGCACUCCUUGAGUGUAUAUCUAGUUACAAUCAUUCACCUUCUCCAGCAACUAGUACUGAUUAUGAACAAAGUAAAUUCAAGAGGAGAAAUCGCGUCGAAUUAGACGAUAAUAAGACAUUGUCAGUGAAAAAAAAGUUCACAAGGCACCAUAAUGAAUCACCUCAUCGAAGUCAUUUUUGGAAGAAGGAUUAUAAUGCAUCAACCGAUAGACGAUAUAAUAAAAUGCAAAGAAAAUUUAACAAUGACAUAUGCUUUCUGGGUAAAAGAAAUUAUACUUUGACAGAAGCUGCACCGCUCGAAAAUAACGAGGAAAAUGGCAUUGAAUUUGAGAUGCAGGAGGAAGGAACAAAUUGAGUGAUACUGAGGCCAGGGAUGGUUCUUCUCAAACAUCACUUAACACAUCAUGAACAGAUACCUGAUGUUUUGGAAUACUUAUUUGUUUCAUAUGUGCUUGAUUUAAUUCUUUUUUACGACAUUUUCUUGAAAAACUUCAGGUAGAAAUAGUGAAAAAUUGUCGCGAUCUUGGUCUCGGUCCUGGGGGAUUCUAUCAACCAGGCUAUGCAGAUGGAGCCAAACUUAGAUUGAUGAUGAUGUGUCUCGGUAUGGAUUGGGAUCCUCAAGUUAAUUGAUGGUAGCAAGCCGCCGAGUAUUCCUUCUUACUUUAGUAAGAUGGUUAUAAGAGCUAUACAAGAAGCACAUCAGCUGUAUAAUCGGGAAUAUGGAAUAAGCUAUGUGGAGGAUAUACUACCUUCAAUGACUCCUGAUAUAUGCAUUUUCAA